GGAAAAAUUCAUUUUCAUAAUCUUAUGCGUUGAAACAUGAAUACAUCAUGAAUACACCAUGGUGCAGAAUCGAGUGACACGCAUGCGCGAGCCGCUGCAUGUUUUAGAGGUCACCGCUAUCAGCAAUUUGCCAGCGAGGAAUCUGAUCAACUAUGAUUGAUAUGAAGGAAGUCACGCGGCUUCUCAUACAAGACGUGAGAGAAGAUCCGACCUAUCUCUGCAUCUUCACAUUGGUCUUUCUGAUGGGUAUCCUCGCAUACCGAAGGUUGUACAGAAAAGUGUACAACUUGCCACCUGGGCCGCCAACCAGAUUUCAUCAUGGGAACUUAAAAGAUUUUAAUAAAGACCCGAAGAUAUACCUCACGUUAGCAGAAAUGGCCAAUGAAUAUGGAAGCAUUUACAGGGUAUACACAGGACCACGUCUCGUUGUAGUACUUAAUAGUUAUGAAAUGGUAAAGGAGGCCCUCAUUAAAAAACAGAUAGACUUUUCGGGCAGGCCAAGAAAUCUAUCAAAUGAAAUUCAGUCGGACCACUACCAUGGGGUAAUCUUUGCUCCUUACUCCGAACGGUGGAAAGCACAUCGCAAAAUGCUGAAUCAAGCUUUAAGGAACUUCGCAUCGGGUGACCUCCUCGUCCAAAAUAUCCACGCGAGCAUGUCAAUAGCAUCACAUUAUCUUCAUCCUGAUCUUGGGAAAACAUAUGACCCAUUUCAGUUUGUAACUCUCAUCAUCUACAACUUCAUAUGCGCCAUGUGCGUUGGUAAAACAUUUGAUCCAAAUGACGAGGAAUACAAAAUGCUUUGCUUUAGGCGUCGAAGCAUCACGGACAUCAUCGGCAAUGGUUUCGAUGCUGAUUUCUUUCCUUACAAGAGAUUCCUCGAGUCCAAGCGCAUCAACAAAGCGAAGGACGUAAUCAAUCAACUCCUCAAUUACGCAAAGAGCAUUAUAGAUGACCACAGGAAAGGAUUUUCUCCUGGGGUUAUUAAGGACUUCACUGACCAUAUACUUGCUUCCCAACGAGAGAAUUUCAAAAAGGAUUCCCCAGAAGAGAGCAAACUCCAUGAUAGACAUCUCAUCAAUACAAUCAUGGAUAUAUUCUCAGCUGGUACAGAGACAACCGUCAACACAGUUUAUUGGGUUUUACUGUAUGUAGCCAGUUAUCCUGAGGUACAGGCGAAGAUGCACCAACAAAUAGACCAGAACGUCGGUAAAAAUACUUUGAUUGACCUGAAGGAGAAAAAGAAGCUGCCAUUCAUUGAUGCGACUGUGUUCGAAGUGAUGCGUCACCGACCUGCUGUUCCUCUGGGUAUACCAAGAAGCACCAUAUGUGAUACAAAAAUUGGCAAAUAUGAUAUUCCAAAAGACACUGACGUCAUAGUCAAUAUUUGGAAGCUCCACCACGACCCUGCUGAAUGGGACGACCCGGACGUCUUUAAACCAGAACGCUUCCUCGAGGAAGACGGGAGCCUGCGAGCAAAGCCACAGGCCUUCCUACCCUUCGGAGUGGGCAGGCGAAUCUGUGUAGGCGAGUCCGUGGCCAAGCCGGAGAUAUGUUUGGUCACUGCCCUACUGCUACAAAAGUAUAAAUUCUCCCUUCCACCGAACCGCGAGCUUUCGUUCAAACCUGCAGAUCUUGCAUUUACAUCGUAUUCGAAGAGUUAUGAACUGGUCAUCGAAAAGAGAUAGUCUAUAGACAAGUUGUGGAUGCAUAUUCCCCCUAAUGUUGCCCCUGGGAUAGGUAUCCUGCUUCGUUUCCCGAGAGC